CAAUUAUUUCUGGUCAAAAAUUUACCAAAAAUAAAUAAUUUACCUAUAUUAACUUGUACAUGUUUUUUAAAUUUAUCAACUGAAAUACCUAAAUCAUAUCAUAAAGUACAGUAUUAAAUCAAAUUCAAUAAGCGAAUAUAGUGCAAAAUAAAGCUACUCAGCUGAGCAAGUGUGGAAAAAAGUAAAUCCGUGUGAUAAGGGCAACUAUAUGUGAAAUUUGUUGGAAACAGCUGAAAAGGGGAAACAUAUUAGAAAUAUAAGAAAAAGCUCCAAAAUGAAUGGUGAUAAAUCAGAAUACAUAGGAAAAUAUUCCACAAUUGCAGUAGUAAAUUUUUUUUGGAGAAGUUAUCGUGAAGAUUUAAUUUUUAAGAACGCAAUUUGUGUAAAAAAGUUGUAAAUUAGUAAGGAGUUGAAUAUAGUGUGUUUGUCAAAUCUGUUUGAAAUAAAAUAAUUGAACAAGCAUAAAAUGCCACUCAAGGAACGCAAUAUUGCCAUGAUGGGCUACAGCUCUGUGGGCAAAUCAUCGUUGUGCAUACAAUUUGUUGAGGGUCAAUUUGUGGACUCCUACGAUCCGACAAUUGAGAACACCUUUACGAAAAUAGCUCGUGUAAAUUCGCAGGACUACGAUGUGAAAGUAGUUGAUACAGCUGGACAGGAUGAGUACAGCAUAUUUCCUGUGCAAUAUAGCAUGGACUUCCACGGAUAUGUUCUUGUCUAUUCGAUAACCAGUCAAAAGUCUUUUGAAGUCAUUAAAAUCAUUUACGAAAAGUUAUUGGAUGUAAUGGGAAAGAAAUAUGUACCUGUUGUGUUAGUUGGAAAUAAAACCGAUUUACACCAAGAGCGCAUGGUAUCUACUGAAGAAGGGCGUAAAUUAGCGGAAUCAUGGCGCGCUAUAUUUUUGGAAACCUCAGCUAAGCAAAACGAGUCUGUUGCUGAUAUUUUUCAUCGGCUUCUCAUAUCCAUUGAGAGUGAAAAUGGUAAUCCACAAGAGAAGAGCAAUUGCAUUAUUUCGUGAGAACCCUAUUUAAACCUAAAUAACUGGUCACAACAACAGCAACGCCCUAUUCCAAUUCCCACUGCAGCAUUAAUCCACAUCAUAGCAGCAGCAGCAUUAACUGUUACACCUAAAAUAUUAAAUAAGAUCAUAUCACAGUGGAUCAGUGCGAACGAACUACGUAAGGAAGCGCUCCUUGGAAAGCUGCAGGGCAUUGUAGGCGUGGUCGUAAUCGUGGUCGCGUGUAUGUGUGAACUAUAUGAAUGUGUAGGAAAGAAUGUUUGUGCGAGUUUUUCAUAUAACCCCCAGGGUAGUUGCCAAAUUUUGUUCUUGGCACUAUCGAAACAAAACAUGAUUCAUAAGAAAAUAGGUAAAUACGCGAAUUUCACUGCAUCGAUUAGCGUUGUAGUUUAAAAGUAUAAUGCAAUAAAAGUUAUCACAUUUAAAAAAAUACACAUUAUUCCUUAAUAAUGUUAACUUGGUGGAAUGCUGCACAUUAAAUUCUGCAUCGCUUGAAUUUACAGGAGACUAACUUCAUUGCCUUUUACUCUAAAUUUGAUAAAUUUUACUGUUUUAUAAAUAUUUCUUAGGCAAUAUUUACAGUUUAAGAUAUUAUUUUUUAUAUUAAAAUGUAGUUACAUUUUGGUCUCUUGUAUAAUUUUUGUAAUGUAUAUAUUUGAUGUCAACACAAAUUACUAUUACUCAAAACUUACAGUAAUUUGACUGCACUAAGGAAUAAAAGUAUAGAAGCAUAGGAAUUAAAGAAUGCUAAAAGAACAGAAAUUAAAAUGUAAUAUAAUAAUCUUUGUUUCAACUUCUUCAACAAUAAAUUACUAAAUGUGGUCAUUGAUAUAUAUUAUUUCUAAUAAAAUGAUACAUUUUUAUAUUUAA